GAGGAAGAAAGAGAGAUAGAUAGAGAGACAGAGAGAGAGAUGGGAGAAAUAAGGAGAGCGACUCGACACAAACAUAACGAAGAACUAUAACUGCAAAUUGUAACAGCACAGCUGGUGAUUACGGAAUACAACGUAUUUUCUAUAUUUCUUUAUUUCUUUAUUUAUUUAUUUAUUUAUUUAUUUAUUUAUUCUAUACUCUAUAUUCUAUAUUAUGUCCGUGUGGAUUAUCAUCAUUGCUUCAGUUUGGGGCAUUUCUGGACUGGCGAAGAAACGAAUGGAGGAUCUCAUUUGUAUUCACUGAUCUCUACAGUAAUAUACAGCAGUGGACUGAACACACUACUAUAAACUAAAGCUCUUCACUGGCAAUGCUGGGAUCCCAGAUUCCGGCCCGUCUUGUCAGUUCUGAACUCCACCCCUUCCCGUCUCGCGAUGCCUCCGGCCUCGAUGCCCCUCCCCCUGCUCCUCCUCACUUCUAGGAUGCUCCUAUUGGCUGGCUUGGCUGCUUGCUCCUCCCCUUUCCUGGGUGGAGCUCCGGACGAGCCGCGACCCCACCGCUCGGGGGUCCUGAACAUUGCUGUGGUGUUCAGCGGCACCUCCUACCCCCCCGAGAUGCCCCGGCUGGUCCUGGGGGGCCCCUAUGUGGGGGCGACUUACCUCUCAGGCAGCUCCAGUCUGCCCAGCAGCCCCGGGCUGACUAGGAGCUCUGGUUUUGAGGAUUAUAAAGACGUGAAUGUUGUUCCAGUGGUCCUGAACGAGACAAGCCCUCGCUCCCUCAUCUUGCGGCUCUGCGAUGUCCUUUCCAGCCUGCCCAUCCAUGGUGUGGUCUACGAGGAGGAAGUGACAUCGUUGCAAGGGGGCGGGGAUGGUGAGGGGGCGUCGACUGCCGUCGCUCAGAUCCUCGACUUCCUGUCAGCACAGACCGGGGUUCCCAUCGUGGGGGUGGGGGGCGGGGCCGCACUGGUGCACACCCCCAAGGAGUCUGGCUCCACGUUCUUGCAGCUCGGUUCCUCCACGGCCCAGCAGCUACGUGUGAUCUUCGAGGUUCUGGAGGAAUAUGACUGGACCUCCUUCUCCCUGGUCUCAACCCGUCACCCCGGAUAUGAGGACUUCCUGUCCUUCGUCGAGGUGCUGACCGACGGCUCCUUCAUCGGCUGGGAGAGCCGCUCCCUGGUGCUGCUCAACCUGACCCAGGACCCGGGGGGAGCCAGAACCAAGAGACUGCUCAAAGAGAACGGGGCGCAGGUGCGUCUCCUCUAUUGCUCCCGUGAGGAGGCAGAGUCUGUGUUCCGUGCAGCGAGGGGGGCAGGGCUGGCAGGCCCGUCUCACAUCUGGUUCGCAGUGGGCCCCUCCCUCUCCUCCCUCGAGACCCUCCCCCCCGACUCCCUCCCCCUCUCUCUCUUUGUGGUUCGGCCAGCCGGCUGGAGGGAUGAUGUGCGCAGGCGCACAGGAAGAGGCGUGGCCAUCCUGUCACAGGGGGCGGUGGCCUUGCGGCGAGACUUCGGGAGUCUGCCUAACUUCAGCACGGACUGCCAGGGGGCUCCCAACGAGACCAGAACGUUCAAGGGAAACCUGCACAGGUAUUUCUCCAAUAUCUCACUGGGUGGUCGAGAUUAUUCCUUCAACAGUGACGGCUACCUAGUCAAUCCAUCACUUGUGGUGAUCGCACUGAACAGAGAGAGGAACUGGGAGGUGGUGGGCUCCUGGGAUGACGGGAUUCUCCGGAUGCGUUAUCCGGUCUGGUCUCGCUAUGGCACUUUCCUUGAGCCGCCCGAUGGGGCUCAGCACCUCAGGGUUGUGACCUUGGAGGAGCGCCCCUUCGUGAUCGUGGAGGGGGCGGACCCGUCCAGCGGGACCUGCAUUCGAGACUCUGUGCCAUGCAGGAGGCAGCUCAACCUGUCAGAGAGCUCCCUCUCCGACGGUCUGGCUCCCAUGAAAAUGUGCUGUAAGGGGUUCUGCAUCGAUAUCCUCAAACGAUUGGCCAAGACUGUCGCUUUCACCUAUGACCUUUACCUGGUGACCAAUGGGAAGCAUGGCAAGAAGAUUGAAGGGGUAUGGAAUGGCAUGAUAGGGGAGGUGGUGUAUCAGCGAGCAGACAUGGCAAUUGGCUCACUCACGAUCAAUGAGGAGAGGUCGGAGGUUGUGGAUUUCUCCGUCCCGUUUGUGGAGACGGGGAUCAGUGUCAUGGUCUCCCGUAGCAACGGCACUGUCUCGCCCUCCGCCUUCCUCGAGCCCUACAGCCCUGCAGUCUGGGUGAUGAUGUUUGUCAUGUGUCUCACGGUUGUCGCGGUGACGGUCUUCAUCUUCGAGUUCUUAAGUCCCGUUGGAUACAACCGCAGCCUGGCGUCCGGCAAACGCCCUGGGGGUUCGAAGUUCACGAUCGGGAAGUCUAUUUGGCUGCUCUGGGCUUUGGUCUUCAAUAACUCCGUCCCAGUCGAGAACCCCAGGGGUACCACCAGCAAGAUCAUGGUUCUGAUUUGGGCCUUCUUCGCUGUGAUCUUCCUGGCCAGCUACACUGCCAACCUGGCAGCCUUCAUGAUCCAGGAGGAGUACAUCGAUACUGUGUCGGGGCUGAGCGACAAGAAGUUCCAGAAGCCCUAUGAACAGUACCCUCCUCUGAAAUUUGGGACAGUCCCCAAUGGCAGCACUGAGAAAAACAUCCGCAGUAACUAUCCGGACAUGCACCAGUACAUGGGCAAGUACAACCAGAGAGGCGUGGAGGAGGCGCUGAACAACCUGAAAACAGGUAAGCUGGAUGCGUUUAUCUACGAUGCUGCUGUGCUGAACUACAUGGCUCGGAAGGACGAGGGCUGCAAGGUGAUGACGAUCGGCUCGGGGAAGGUGUUUGCGACCACGGGCUACGGUAUUGCGCUGCAGAAGGGGUCCAAGUGGAAGAGAGCUGUCGACCUGGCACUGCUGCAGUUCGUGGGAGAUGAUGAGAUUGAGAUGUUGGAGAGGCUCUGGCUGUCUGGGAUCUGUCACAAUGAUAAAAUCGAGGUCAUGUCAAGCAAGCUGGACAUUGAUAACAUGGCCGGAGUGUUCUACAUGCUACUGGUGGCAAUGGGACUCAGUUUACUGGUGUUCGCCUGGGAGCACCUGAUCUACUGGAAGCUGCGUCACUGCAUGGGGCAUUCUGGGAGACUGGACUUCCUGUUAGCGAUCAGCCGGGGGAUGUACAGCUGCUGCAGUCUGGAUGAAGAGGAGACAGACCCCCCUCACCCUCACCCCAUCCACCCCUCCCACCUGCCCCCUCCCCCUUCCUCUCACAAGAAACCCUCCUCCUCUCUCCCCAACACCCCCUCCCUCUCCCUCCCCCCGCUGGGACCCCCGAACCCCCCUCAGCCCCCUCUCCUCUCGGCCCCCCUGCCCUGCUCCACCUUCCUGCCCCGCCCCGACCGCAGAUCAGCCGUGGUGGAGCGCUGGAGGUCCUCGGCUGGGGGCCCAAGGGGCCCCGGCAUACAACCAGGGGGGGGAGGGGGCCCCAAAAGGUUGGUGAGGAGCGGGGGGGUAACGGAACUAUUCACUGGGGCUCCGAACUUCCCCAAAAAGGUGAAGACCCCGCCUUCGUGGUCGGCUCUUGAUGGGUAUCGGAGAUAUUAUGGUCCCAUCGACCCGGCCGGGCUGUCCUGCGUGGAGAACCCAAUAUCAGUGCAGCAGCAACAGCAGGCCGCUAAUCCUAACCUUAACCUGCAGCCCCUCCCUUCGAUGCAUCAGCAGUCUUCCCUGGCCAUCAUGCCUGCCUAUAACGGGGAGCAGAAUGUACAAACUCAACAGCAACAGCAGCAUAGAGCCAAUUCUGUCUCUCAACAGACCGCCCCCGCACUGCUCCCACCCCCCAGCUACUUCACCAUCAUCCAGGAGAUAGACGAGACACUGUCCGCUCAGAGUGGCCCGAGCUUGGGUUCCCAAGCAGGGGAGAAGGGAGCGGCGGGCAAGCUGGGGGGCAAGCCUCCCAAAACGGACUCUCGGUUCUCCCAGGACAGAGAGGCAGGGGAGGGAGGUAUAGGUGGAGCAGGAGGAGAGGUCAUCCCGAACCAUCUGUGGCCCAUCCCUGUGGCCCUGCUCUGGAAGAGGAAGAACCAGCAGAGCCAGGCUGCCAGGAAGCAGCCCAGGGAACGGGAAAGGGAAAGGACUUUCCAGGAGUCUGUUAGCGAAGCUGGGCUGGGGGGAGGAGACGGGAAGAAGGGUAAGAGAAAGAACAAGAAGGUGACGCCAACGAAGAAGGUGAAGGCCAAGAACAAAGUGGGGAAAGUGAAGGAGGGCAAGGAGAAACUGUUUGUGGGAUCAGCAGAGUCAGCUACAGCAGCUGAAAAGGUUUUGAUCCCCCUCUAUGAGAACGUGCCGAUCAGGGACAAAAAGGGGGGAGACCUGGGGGAGAUAGAGGGAGGGGGAGGAGGAAGGGAGGGGGCCAGGGGAGGGGGAGGGGUAGGGGGAGGAGGAGUGGAAGGAGGGGUUCUGGGUUCAACAGAGAAACAGCAGCAGAGCAGGAAGAAGAGGAUGAGGGGGGAGGAGAGAGGCAGACACUCCUCGGAGCUGGAGGAAGACUCUUCUUCCUCGGAGGAGGAAGACGACGAUCUGGAUAAUGUGGACUCAGAGGAUGAGCUGUUGCUGCUGGACAGGCGCCCUGCCUCAGGGUCCCGGAACAGGGGCAGCGGCAGCAGUGGGAGCAGGUGUCGGCUAAGCAGGAAGGGCUCUCAUCGAGCCCAGCACAGCACCUCCUGUUCAAGCUUGAUUCCCCCUCCUCUCCCACCCAGGGAAGGCAAACCCAGGAAGGGGAAGCAGAGAGGCAAGUCCCCCCCGGAGCCCAUCAGGGGCAAGAAGGGCCCCAGGAAAGGAAAGAGGAGGAGGGUUCGAGGCUCCCCGGAAGAGGAGCUCCCCAGUCCUUUCUACCCCUGCUGCUGGCUGGAGAAGCUGGAAAGUUUGGGAUACCAUCACCAAUCCCAUCACUGCCACCACCACCGCCAAGGUUACCCCGAGGACCUGCCCCAUCCUGCAGGGUAUAGGAACCAGGGCAGGAAUAGGGAGAAGGAGAAGGGGGGCAGGAAGAAAGGGAAGGGGAGUUUUCGGGUGGGGAAACGGGGGGCUGGCAGUGCAGGAGGAGGGGCUGGGAAAGGAGAGACCAGACCCCUUCUCUUGCACUUCCCGAGCGAAGUGGAGUGUCCGCAACAUUCCCGAGUCGUGGUGCGGACGGGGGAGGGGUGGGUGGGGGGGUCGGGAUCAGAGAGCGAGGAGUCGGAGUCGGAAGUACAGGUAGAUCCCGGGAAGAGGAGACAGGGGAGGGUGGAAGAGGAUUCUGAGGCGUCAUCGGAGGAGAGGGAGGGGGAGGAGGAAGAGGAAGAGGAGGAGGAUGAGUCUGAGGUAGAAGAAAGCGAUGAUGAUGAUGAUGAUGAAGAUGAUAAUGAUGUUGAUGAUGAAGGAGAGGAAAAUUUCCCAGAGCAGCCGACAUUUCAGGAAAAGUUCCAGGAGGUUCCACGUCGUCGGAAUCAGUCGAAAUUGCCAGACUCAAAGGAUUUCAAGGACUUCAGGGAGUUCCCAGGUUUCGAGGAUGAAUUUGGAAAUUUUGAGCGCUACAGGGGGGGGGAGGAGGGGAGCGAGGGGGAGGAGGGGAGUUUGGAUCCAGGGGUGCGGAAGCAGCUGUCGCCCCAGUUCUUUUUUGGAACGUACCCGGCGAGGGAGAAAGGGGGCAGCGUGAAGAGCAGAGGUGGAGGGGAGGAGGGCAGGGAGGAGGGAGGGGCAUGGUGGGCGGAGUGGCCAAACCAAGCCCCGCCCCUGCCUCGCCGCUACUGGUCAGUGGAUAAAAUCCCCACUAAACAGGAGCCCAGCAGACAGAAAGGGAGGGAGAGGGGAGGAGAGAGGAGAGAGAGGCAGAAAUGCCGUCACGUUCACAGCACGGACCAGCCAUACUGCUGCUGCCAGAGACACCAGAAUAACCUCCCAGCGCUGCAGCCCCAGCAGCCGCUGCUUGCUGCCAACCUCACUUCCUGUCGGAGUCAGGAAGAGUUGCCCACGUGCAGGAGCUUCAGCGACAGCCAGGGGGCGGCAAGCAAACGCAAACCCCGGCUGGAGACAGCCAGUGGCCAGCAGCCCUCCCUCGCCUCUCUGGCAGCCAAGACACAGCCGCAGCCCAUAAGCACCGUCGCCGAGGCCCUGCUCCUCCCCCUGGCAACCGCAGCCAUCGCCCCCAGCGCCCGGCAACAGUACCAGCGCAUCACUUCCUGCCCGCCCCCCCGCAGGUUUUACUCCCCUCACCUGCCACUCAAGUCCAAGAGCCUCUGCUCGAGGAGAGGCUCCGCCCACUUCUCCAGCCUGGAGUCCGAGGUAUGA